AUGUCAUUAUCGAUGUUCAAUCAUUUUUGUCAAAAUGUGUUAAAAUUGGUAGGAGCCCGCGUUGUCUCAUUACGUAUUACAUUAAAUAAUAUUAUUGGUGGUUGGUCACUCGUUUCAUCAUCUUUACGAUGUCAUCAAACAAUCUUACUUCAACGACUUCAUCUAAUCAAUAUUAAACCACAUGAAUUUGAUAAAUUAUUGCGUAGUUCUGUAAUAAGACAACUACAUACUUUACUAGUUGAUAUAACAGAACAUAAUCCUUUCAACUAUCAAGUUGUAGAAGGAGCAUAUUUAGCUAAAGUAUGUUCACAACUGCCUGUUCUAAAAAUUUGUCGUCUUCCAUUUAAUUUUCGUUCGUAUAUUCGUGAUCGAUUAUCAAAAUAUUCAGUAUUACCACCAUUGAUGACUUUGCCAUAUCUUUCCAAUACAACUCAUCUUCGUACAUUGAGCAUUGGUAUUAAUACAUCACGCUUUUUAGAACGUUUACUUGUUUGUGUACCAUUUAUCGAAAAUCUCUCUGUUGGGGUAUAUGAUUCAAAGAAGUAUGAGAAUGAUAAUUUUAGUAUACUCAAAUUGCCUGUCGCUGUUAAUACUCAUCUUCUUCGUCGUCUAUUUCGUCUUAGUUUGAACUGUUUGGAUAACAGAAGUUUUCAUCGAGCCAUUGCGCUUUUAUCAUCUGUAUUUGGUCAACUUAUUCAUUUAUCACUAAAAUUAGAAAUGUGGUCAUCAGUAUCUGAUCCAUUUGUUGUAUCAGGUGAUACUAUUCAGCAAUUGUGUAUUGAUCGUCUCAAACCAUAUGCAACCUAUACUCUUAAUCUAUUGCUGACUAUCAAAGAAGAUUUAGAGGAAAAAGUAAUCCUGAAUUCGUUUUUUAAAGCUGCGUUUACUUAUCGAAAACGACCAGCCGUAAUUAUUCAAGAGAAUUCUCGGUUUUCUUGUAUUACUUCUGAUACUUAUUCUUUUUUCGUUUAUACUGUACCAUAUAAUGGUACAAUUCUUGAAACAUCAUUUUUUUCUGAAAAUCUCCAAAUAUCUUCUCAAAUAGCAGUUAAUGGAGUAAAAUUAUUUCCAUAUGCUAAUGAAUUAUUCAUCGAAGUUUGUGAAAGAGAAAGUCGUCUUAUAGAUCUCAGUAAUUGCAGAAGUUCAAUAUCAUUACUCGUUCCAUGGUCGUCACUAAAAAAAAUUUCAAUUGAAAAUAACAGUACUAUUAGUUCAGCUCAGCUCGCAUCAAUAUUAAAAUCAGCUUAUAACAUACAUACAUUAGAAAUCAAUGAUGAAGAUAGUAAUUUAGUUCAUGCUUUAUUAAAUAACGAAGAUAAUCUUGGUACAAUUGUUAAUCGACAAUCAUUCCGUGGAUUACAAAGCAAAUUACCGCAUACUGUUGUUGAUCAGAAUGAAUCUUCGAAAUAUAUUGUUAAUCUUGUUCGUUUUCUUGUUGAUCAUUUACAACAACUUGUUUCAGUUUCUAUAAGUUUUAAGUCGACUUCUUCUAGUUCACCCUGUUUUCCACCUACAAUUCGACGACAACUGUAUGAAUGGCCACUUAAUCGAUCAUAUCGAUUACGAUGUUCGUUUGAAGAAAUUCAAAUAUGGCUUUAA